AUGAAAAGAAAAAGUGAAUGGAUUGUAACAAAUGAUGAAACAUUAAAGGCUAGAAGGUGCACUGUGAUUGUGACUAAACAAGCCUCAUCUUCAGAAGAGGAAGAGCAAGAAGAAAAGGAGAUCUCCACAUGUAAUCACAUGUUUAUAGUAGAAAGUGAUGAAAAAUCUGAAGAAGAAGAUAUCCAAGAAGCUCCUUCAUCAUUAGAGGAAGGAAAUCGAAUUACAAUUGAUGAAUUAAAAGAAGUUAACAUAGGCACUAUAGAAGAUCCUCGUCCAAUCUUCAUAAAUGCUAGUUUAACUUCUGUAGAAGAAAAAUCUUAUCUUGACCUUUUGACAAGGUAUCGAGACGUUUUUGCAUGGACUUACAAAGAAAUCCCAAGGUUGGACCCUAAAGUCGCUGUGCAUCAUCUAGCAGUAAAGAAAGGUGUUCGACCCAUUAAACAAGCUCAACGACGUCUUCACCCUAACUUGAUUCCCCAAAUAGAGGCUGAGGUCAAUAAACUCAUUGAGAUUCACAUGGAUCCAAAGGACGAAGAGCUCACUACAUUUCAAACUCCUAAAGGAAUAUACUGUUACAAAGUUAUGCCUUUUGGGUUAAAGAAUGUAGGUGCCACUUAUCAAAGAGCAAUGCAAAAGAUUUUCGACGAUAUGCUGCACAGGAAUGUUGAAUGCUAUGUGGAUGAUUUGGUGGUUAAGUUCAAAAAGAGGGUUGAUCAUCUUGAAGAUCUUCGCCAAGUAUUUGAGAGACUGCGUCAAUAUCAAUUGAGGAUGAAUCCCUUAAAGUGUGCCUUUGGAGUAUCUUCAAGAAAAGUUUUAGGAUUCAUAGUGCGCCAUCAUGGGAUUGAAAUUGAUCAAUCAAAAAUAGAUGCAAUCAUGAAAAUGCCUGAGCCAAGCAAUCUCCACGAACUUAAAAGUUUGCAAGGAAGAUUGGCUUAUAUUAGACGCUUCAUAUCCAACUUGACUGGUAGAUGUCAACCAUUUAGUCGAUUGAUGAAGAAGGAUAUGCCUUUUGUUUGGGAUGAGUCUUGUAGUAAUGCUUUUAAAAGUAUAAAGUUUUACCUAUUAAGGCCUCCAAUUUUAAGGGCUCCUACACUAGGACGCCCAUUAAUCCUUUAUAUUGCGACACAAGAACGCUCUUUGGGAGCACUUUUGGCACAACAAAAUGAUGAAGGAAAGGAAAAUGCACUUUACUACCUUAGUAGAACUCUUAAUGGCAUAGAAUUAAAUUAUUCUCCCAUUGAGAAGACAUGCUUGGCAUUAAUUGCUAAGUGGGAGAUUGGCAAAAUGGACUUUUUUGUUAUAAGAGUUCGACAUCACAUAUAUCCUCAAAAAGCUGUCAAGGGACAAGCACUUGCAGAUUUUCUUGCAGACCAUCCAAUUCCAGAUGAUUGGAAAUUUUCUGAAGAUCUCUUAGAUGAAUAUGUUCUUUGCAUUGAAAUCCCUAGGCCAUGGAAGCUAUACUUUGAUGGAGCAGCUCGACAAGAUGGGGCAGGUGCAGGAGUCAUUUUUAUCACCCCAGAAGGAGAAGUAUUGCCUUACGCAUUUACUCUCAUCGAAAAUUGUUCCAAUAAUGUGGCAGAAUACCAAGCCUUGAUCAUAGGUUUGGAGAUGGCAGUGGAUAUGCAAAUCACUCAACUUAAGGUGUUUGGAGAUUCUAAGUUGGUUAUAAACCAAGUCCUUACACUUUAUGAAGUUAAAAAGCUUGAGCUCUUGCCAUAUGUCAACUAUGUUAAAAAACUUUUAAAGUGGUUUGACAAAACUAGCAUAGAACAUGUGCCUAGAAAAAAAAAUAGGCAAGUAGAUUCUUUGGCUAAUUUAGCAUCAGCAAUUGCCUCACCAAAUACAGAAUUAAAAGUGCAUCUUUGCAAGCGAUGGAUCAUACCACCAAUCACUCUAAGUGAAGAAGUCGACAUAGAGUCUAAUGUCGUCUCAGUCCUUGAAGUGGGAAAAGAAGAUUGGCGAUAG